UAAAUCAUACAGUCAUUACUUAUUCGUGUAUAAUACAAUCAGUUCAAUGAGAAAUUACGUAGUUAUUACACAUACAAUUAUCCGACCGUUCUGUUUAAAUAAAUAUAAAAUGGAGAUCUUAGUGUUGGUUUUAUACUUAGUACAUAAGUUUGGUUUAGUAUCUUGUGACUUUUGUUAUAACUCCAUCUAUGGUGUUUACUCGUACUGUUCUGGAUACUGCGAUGGAUACUAUGGCUCGGAAUACUGUGUCUAUGAUUAUUAUAUCGGAUCAUUCACAGUAGCUGCAUUUGCCGGCAUCAUAGUUGGAUCGUUGAUUUUCCUUGGAAUUUUCAUUGCUGUUAUUGUUGCAAUAUGUGCUUCCUGUACAAAAUCAGCCGGACAAAGAGGACGACUUAUUCACCCUAUUUCAACAACAAGUGGUGUAUCAACUGUACAGUCCAAUGGACAUGUGGUACAACAGCAUUACAACUAUGCAACACCAACAGCUCCUCCGGUGUACACAAAUAUGGCGUACUAUUCAGCAUACCCACCACCACCACCACCACCACCACCACAACCAAUGAAUGAGCCAAUGCCGCCACCCAUUUACGCCGAAGCGAAUAGCCAAGUUCAACAACCAUAUGCAACAAUGGUGAAGGCACAUCAACAAAACAAUAGAUCAGAAGCUUGAACAAUAUGUGAAAUAAAUAUUGAACAAAGCGGAUUAUAGAAAGGGGAAAAUUGUUAAAUCUGGUUGUUAUGUUUGACAAAAAAUAUUAAAAUUGCAUAAUCAGAUGAAAAAAAUAAAAAUUCAAUUCAUUAUGA